AUGUCAAUCAGAAGUUCAGAAUUUGAUCCUCGUACGAUUUACGAUUCUAUCAAAGAAACUCUCGAGAGUGAGGGUUUUGAAGGAAUCAACACCGAAGGGACUAAACAAAUGCGAAAUUUACUUGCUUGUUACUGGACAUUGAAGAAUCGUGCACCAGGAAACUUGAUUAUUCUCUCGAAAGACAUGGUCCCUGACAAGAUCUUUCAUUUCGAAGCAUUGUAUUCCUGA